AGUAAACAAAAAUGGCUACCGCUACGAUGAAAGAAAUUGUUGCGUUGUAUCAAAAUUUAAAACGUAUAUGGGAUAGUAAGCCACAAAAUUUAGAAAAGUCUGGAGAACUUCUUUCCAGACUCAAGUUGUCACUCACCCAAGUUGCAUUUCUACCAACAACAGAGGCGUCAGUGACUAAGCAAGAAUUGCUAAUUGCUCGAGAUAUACUUGAAAUUGGAGCACAAUGGGCUAUUGCUAAAAAGGAUAUUCCAGCAUUUGAAAGAUACAUGGCCCAAUUAAAAUGCUAUUAUAUGGAUUACAAGGAUGACCUUCCAGAGUCUGCAUUCAAAUACCAGCUUUUAGGACUGAACCUUUUGUGUCUACUUUCUCAAAAUCGAUUAGCAGAAUUUCACACUGAACUGGAACGGUUACCUGUAAAGGAGAUUCAGAAUAACAUUUAUAUCAAACAUCCAGUAAGCAUGGAACAGUAUUUAAUGGAGGGAAGUUACAAUAAGGUUUUUCUAGCCAGAGGAAAUGUUCCAGCAGACAACUAUAACUUCUUCAUUGAUAUUUUACUGAACACAAUCAGAGAUGAAAUAGCAGGGUGCAUAGAAAAAGCAUACAACCGUAUUGGUCUUAAUGAAGCUGCCAGAAUGCUUUUCUUUGAAGCCCAAAAACCAAUGAAGGAAUAUGCUACUCAGAGAAAAUGGAGAUUAGAGAAAGAUUUUUUUCACUUUAUUCAUGAAGCUAAGGAUGCUGAUCACACCAUCCCUGCCAAAAUAUUAGCUACACAAACCAUUGAAUAUGCCAGAGAACUUGAAAUGAUAGUAUAAACUUUGAUGUUAAAGCCUUUUUCAUCUGUUUUAUUUAACAAAAUUUGACAUAUUUGAUUUGAAAGGAACUUUCAAUUUAAUAAAAAAAAUUUAAAAAGCUUGGGAUUGUAAAAUGUGACGGAUUGUGUUAAAUUUCAAACAAUGGAUUAAUUUUAAAAAGUGCAUCUGAAUAGCAUUAGAAGCAUAAAUAGGGACAUAAACAUAUUGAAAAGAAAAUAUGAUUGGUCAGUCUGAAAAAGAGUUUAGUGGUUUUUGUGUGAGUGAAGUUUUGUACAACAUGCAGGUUUUGAACUUAAUUUUAUUAAACCAGACAAUAAAAAAAAUGU